GCCUUCUCCCUCCCUAUUGCUGCUGCUGCUAUCCUUGGAAUUUAAUUUGAUCGAUUGGGAGCUAGCUAGCAUUGCCUAGCUCGAUCGAUCGAGGCAGGAUCGGAUUGUGGGUUGGGAGGGGAGGGGUCAAUAAAUAUUUGAAGUAAAUUAAUGGGGAGGCACUCGUGCUGCUACAAGCAGAAGCUGAGAAAGGGGCUUUGGUCGCCUGAGGAAGAUGAAAAGCUUAUCAAUCAUAUAACCAGCUACGGCCAUGGCUGCUGGAGCUCCGUCCCCAAGCUAGCAGGGCUUGAGAGGUGCGGAAAGAGCUGCAGGUUGAGGUGGAUCAAUUAUCUGAGGCCUGAUUUGAAAAGAGGAACCUUUUCAGCGGAGGAGGAGACUUUGAUCAUCGAGCUCCACUCACUUCUUGGAAACAGAUGGUCGCAGAUUGCAGCGCAGCUCCCCGGAAGAACAGACAAUGAGAUAAAGAACCUGUGGAAUUCGUCGAUCAAGAAGAAGCUGAGGCAGAAAGGGAUCGAUCCCAACACUCACAAGCCUCUCCCUCUCGACGAACCAAAAACUGCAUCACCAUCAGCAUCAGCCUCUUCAAUGAUUAUUGUCGAUAACAUUAAUAUCAAUAAUGAUCAGCAUCAGCAUCAACAUCAACAUGAGAAUGAGUUGCCAAAACUUCUCCUGGAAAAUGACUUCUCCGUGACGCCGACAUCAAAUUCAUACCACCUCUCUGGGCUCCUCUCCUUCAACCAACUCAACAUUUACAAUGCCACUUCUAACUCUAACUCCUCACAAAUGCUUACUGCUCCUCAUCAUCAUCACUUGAAUAAUAGUAAUCAUAAUAAUCCCAUAACUGGCAGCCCUUUUGAAACCAUAAUGAGCACAGAUGAGCUGCUGCAAAGAAGCAACAACAACAACAAUAAUCUCCUCUUCCCCUCUGGAGGUGGGAAUGAAAAUGUAAGGUCGGCAGGGAAAUUGGGAAAUUAUUAUUCACCGGAGUUUAUGGUGGGACUGGAACUGGAUGAUCAACCAGCUGCUCACUACAACCAACAUCCAUACUUAGUAGGAGGAGGAGGAGGAUCAUGGAUUAACAAUAAUACUGAAACUAUCGGCGGCAAUGAUAGCUAUUAUUCGCAGAGGCAGAAAUAUCUAGAUGAAGAAGAUGAUGAAUACUUGGGUGGUAAGAAAGCUGCUGCUGCAUUCCAGAGGAUUACGGCGGAGGCCUUCUCCCCCUACGCCUUCCACCAAUCGUCUUAGUCUUAACUCAUCUCAACAAUUCUUGUAAUUGUAAUAGUAAUAGUAAUAGUAAUUUGUGAUUGGUGGUUGGUCGCUGAGCUGAGCUGUGCAUUGUGGUGUGCUGUGUGCUGUGCCUGUGCCUGUGCCUGUGUAGACAACGGACAGACUAUAUAUAUAUAUAUGUAUGUAUUAAUUCUUGAUGUAAAUACUAGUAAAAUUUA